AUGAAGCAUCUUGAGCCCUGCCCGCGUUACGAACGUGCCAUUGAGGUUCUCGGCAAGAAGUGGAACUGCCUUAUCAUAAGAAGCAUGCUGUCGGCGCCGCGCAGAUUCUCCGACAUUUCCAACUACGUUGAGGGGCUCAGCGACCGCUUGCUGUCCCAGCGACUGCAGGAGCUGGAGCAGUCCGGAAUUGUCGAACGGCGCGUCUAUGACAGCAAACCCGUGAUGGUGGAAUACUCCCUCACCGAAAAGGGUCUUGGAUUCCGCCAGGUCGUCGAGGCCAUCCAGCGGUGGGCCGAUCAGUGGGAAGCGAAUCCGAUGGAAGAGGCCUUGGCGCGCAAAUACCAGCCCGAGGGGACCUAG